CAGCCCAUACCCAAUCUUUAACUUUAAUGUAUUAACCUUUAAAUGAUUUUCUUCCACAUACUCUAUCAUAAGUACAACUGUUAGUUUAUACUAUGCGCAAAUAUUUUGGAUCAUUUUGCAUUGUUAAUUUGCAUCAUUUACAGCAACAAAGACUAACCUAUAGUUUAAAUUUGAUUGUAGUAUAAUGUUCAUUCAACAAUUACAAUUUAAAGCUUGACUACUUUUUGACUCAAUCAGAAAUUAUAUGAGCUAAUCUUCAACAUUUGACAAUCGCACGCGACUUUGUCAGAGCAGAAAAAGGAAAAAAAGUAGCCCGUAAGACAGUCGGACAAAAAUGAUAAAAAUUUGUUUUACCUUAUAAAUGUUUUUUUUUUCGACAUUACAUACUCUACAUUUUAUUAUAUGCAAAACUUUUGACCGACAAUCUUUAUCAAAACGUUUUAAAACACGAAAUGUAAUAGCAAAGUAUUUUUACCGCGUAAACAAUAUGAAAUCGAUGCUAGCUGGCAUUAUAAAUCAACCUUGUUCGUAUGGCGUUGUAAAGUACAUUUAUAUUCAAGUUACCUGGACCCGAUCUGUUUUUUUUUUCCUUACGUUAUGUGCAUCUUAUUACGGUCCGGCGAUAUUCUGUAAUCAGAUGCUCAGUGAUAGUCCGUUUUUCGUGCGAUACGUAUAAGAUCGUAGUUCGAACAAUUUAAACCAUGUUUAAUAUGAAGAAAAGUUAUAAGACAGUAUUUAUAAAACAAUAUAGGAACAGGUGUAGUAUGAUAUGGGGAUAUGGAUUAAGAUAUUUGAAUAAGCAAAGCUCAAACUGUGAUAAGUUAAUGAAUUUUAACGAUAUUCCCGGCCCCAAGAGCUACCCGAUUCUCGGAACGUUACACAAAUAUUGGCCGAUUGUAGGAGAAUAUAAUGCAGAGGCACUUGAUAAGAAUGCCUGGUUAAAUUGGCGUCGCUACGGAGGUCUGGUGAAGGAAGUCCCCGGUGUGAACUUACUCCAUGUUUACGAACCGGAAGUGAUCGAAGCGGUAUUCCGACAGGACGAUCGUCAUCCAUCGAGGCGGAGUCAUGUUGCAAUGCUACAUUAUCGGCUGAGCAAACCAAAUAUUUACAAUACUGGCGGUUUGCUUUCAACGAAUGGUCCCGAUUGGUGGCGCCUCCGUAGCACUUUCCAAAAGAAUUUUACAGGUCCACAAAAUGCUAAGCAAUACGUCGAGAGUGCGGAUAAGGUUGCUUGUGAAUUUGUUGAUUGGAUAAAGAAAAGCGAGUUGUCACACAAAGAAGAUUUUCUUAAAUAUCUUAAUAGAUUGAAUCUCGAAGUGAUUGGGGUAGUGGCUAUGAAUGAAAGAUUUAAUAGUUUCUCAAUGGAGGAACAAAUGCCCCAUUCCCGCAGCAGUCGAGUCAUCGCAGCUGCUUUUGGCUCCAAUAGUGGGAUUAUGAAACUGGACAAAGGAAUUCUUUGGAGGUUUUUUAAAACACCCUUGUAUAAAAGACUUGCUGAAUCUCAAGAAUAUUUAGAAAAGAUAUCAAUAGAAAUUUUACUAAACAAAAUAAACUUUUUUGAAAAAGGAAAGAAGGGCGCUAGCAAAUCAUUAUUAGAUUCAUUUCUGGAGCAACCCAAUCUAGAUAUAAAGGAUAUUACGGGCAUGAUGGUCGACAUACUUAUGGCAGCCAUUGAUACGACGGCUUACGCUACGAGCUUCGCACUGUAUCAUCUUGCCCGCAAUCCAGAAUGUCAGAGGAAAUUGUAUGAUGAAGCUUCAAAAUUACUGUCACCAAACGACCCUCUUACAUCUAACGUACUCUCAAAAGCUGUAUACUUACGGAGCUGCGUUAAAGAGAGUCUGCGACUCAAUCCUGUUUCGGUCGGCGUUGGACGCUUGUUGCAAAAAGAUAUUGUACUAAAAGGAUAUUUGAUUCCUCAAGGGACAGUGAUAGUGACACAGAAUAUGGUAGCGUCGCGUUUGCCGCAAUACGUGAAAGAGCCAUUGGUCUUCAAGCCGGAGCGUUGGAUCCGCGGCUCGUCUCAAUACGAGAACAUACAUCCAUUUCUCAGCCUGCCAUUCGGAUUUGGUCCACGAUCCUGCAUUGCUAGGAGAAUAGCUGAACAAAAUAUAUACAUUAUUCUGAUUCGAUUAGUGCAAGAAUUCGAAAUAAAAUGGAUGGGCGGAGAUCUAGGCAUAAGAACGUUGCUUAUCAAUAAGCCAGAUAAGCCUAUAUCGUUAUCUUUUACACCGCGGCGUAAAUAAAUAUUUUAAUCAAAAUUUUUGUGAAAAUUCAAA